AUGUGCAAACACAUCCUCAACGCCCAAGUAGCGAUCCGGUCGCCAUGCUGCAAAAAAUGGUUCGACUGCGCUGAAUGCCACCACGAAACGGAGAAACACCCCCUCCUCCAGAGCACCGAGAUGACCUUCGCCUGCAAGAAGUGCCGGAAGUGCUUCCGCAAGGACGCGGCCGAGUUUGAAGAUGCCGACGAGUACUGCCCCCACUGCGACAACCACUUUGUCAUCGAGGCCAAGACGCCCAAGGCCGCCAUCUCCGUCGAGGGCGAAGACGCGCGCAAGGAUCACAGGAUGCUGAGGGACGAGCGUGUGCAGCAGACCAGGAUGCGGACCAUUUUCGAUCCGGAUCCACACACGGACAAGCUGGGCUGA